AUGUUUGCAGAGAAGUUUAUAGUUGAAAAUUUAGAGCAAUAUGUUAUUGCCUCUAGUGUUAGUGUCGUCACAAUUAGUGGUCCAAAUCAAGAAUUUGAAGCAGAUGAAAUCCCACUUAGUGCACACAUUAAUGCUUUCAAUAUAAUUCAUUUACUAGUUCUAAAUAUGUUUUUAUGA